CGUAGCGUUUCUAGCCGAAGUGUGGGAUUUUAGGGCCGACUGAGAGUUUAUUUUUUUAAUGUAAGCUGGAAAAACCCCGUAGCGACCCCCGCUCAAACACGGAGGCUCUGAUCGGACUUUACCGGUGGACGAGGCAGGCUGAGGUGAGGGGAUCUGGUACUGGAGGGAGCGGCUCGAACCAUGGCGAAAAAGUACGAUUUCCUCUUCAAGUUGCUGCUGAUCGGGGACAGCGGAGUGGGCAAAACGUGCCUGAUCAUCCGCUUUGCUGAGGACAACUUCAACUCCACGUACAUUUCCACCAUCGGCAUCGACUUCAAAGUAAAAACCAUUGAAGUGGAUGGGAAGAAAGUGAAACUACAAGUGUGGGACACGGCAGGACAGGAGAGGUUUAAGACCAUCACGACCGCCUACUACAGAGGAGCUAUGGGCAUCAUCCUGGUGUACGACAUCACCGAUGAGAAGUCCUUCGAAAACAUCCAAAACUGGAUGAAGAGCAUCAGGGAGAAUGCAUCAGCCGGGGUCAGCCAGAUGCUCUUAGGGAAUAAGUGCGACAUUGAGGCGAAGCGGAAGGUUUCCAAGGAAACAGGAGAAAAGCUGGCGAAGGAUCACGGCAUCAGAUUCUUCGAGACCAGCGCCAAAUCCAGCAUCAACGUGGAGGAGUCGUUUCAGUCUCUGGCGCAGGAGAUCCUACAGAAGUCCAUGAGGAAGCCGAACCUGACGGGAAAGGAGGUGAAAAUCACCAGCAGCACAGAGAAAAAGUCCUCCAGGUGUGCCAUUCUUUAGGUCUGACUCCUGUGAGAUACUGGAGGAAAACAAAAAUAAAACACAGGAAGAAAAUGUUUUCUGCCUCCAUCUGGUGGGUCAACGUGUUCAACACAUGCACAUGCACAUGCUCAGAGUCGGCUUUUAUACCAAAACUCUACUUUCUUUUUACAAGUUUGGAGCGUCUACAAGAAUUAAGAUGCACCCAGAUUAAUUUAUUUCUUUGCCAUUGUACACGCGCCAAACUGAGCACUGUUUUUUAAAAUCGUUUCCAUUACAAAUAAAACCACCAACGUGCCCUGAAAGUGUUUCAGAAACUUGCUCCCCGCCUUGUUUCUGUUUCCGCUCUUGUUUUUUGUUUUUCCAACUUUUAAUCACGUUCACAAUCCCACACUCCAUCUUUAAAU